AUGCUUAGGUUGCGACGCUUUAAUAAAUUAUGGACAAGAUUUAUUUUUUUGAAUGUUCGUAAUUUUUGUGAGAAUAAAAAGAUUCAUUACAAUGGGCCAAAGGAUACAUAUAUAAAUUCAGGGCUUGAAUUAAAAAAUGAAGAUACAGAAAAGUUAAUAAGUUUAAUGAAAGAGAGUUUAAAAUUAAAACUUUUGACAUGUACAUAUUAUUCCGAAGAAAUAGGGAAACAUUAUUUAGAACUAGCAAUAUUAGAACAUAAAAAUUUAUUAUUGAAUGAUUCGAAAAAUCAUUAUUUAAAAAGUUAUGAAAUAUAUAAAAAAAUACAUAGUGAAAAUAGUAUAAUGUGUGCAAAUAUACAAACAUAUAUAGGUGUUAUUUAUAAAGAUUUAGGUGAUUUAAAAGCAUCAGAAGAAUUUUUACAACUUUCAUUAGCAAAUAAAAAAUUAAUAUGUAGUGACAAAAAUUAUUUAAUUGUGGAUACACUUAAUAAUCUUGGAUCUUUAUAUCAACAUAAAAAAAAUUAUACAACAUCAAUUGAAUAUUUUGAAGAAUGUAUAAGAAUAUUAUUAUCAUCAUCGAUCAAUUUACAUAAAAAUGAACAAAUAGCUUUAUGCUAUUAUAAUUUAUCAUUUUCUUACAUAGGAAUAAAUGAUAUUAAUUCUGCAAUAACAUGUUUAAUACGUUCAUAUCAAAUGGCUCAAAAUGCUUUUGGUCCUGAUCAUAUGCUAACAGUUCGAAUAAAAACAUUAUGGAAGCGAUUGGAAAAUGAGACAGUAGAAGAGAAAUGA